UUACCGGACAUACGUUUCUGGGCUCACGCUCUGGUGACAUUAGACGCUUUCCUGCAGCCGGUGGUUAAUAAAACUCACCGCCGUUUUAUUUGACACCAGAACCGUUGCCGUUAAUUUUCUGGACCGGGUCAGCUGGGACGCUCGCGCUGUGUGAGAAUGUUUCUGUCAGCGGUACCGACGCGCGUGCUGAUGCGAAGGUCGCGCAGUCUGUCGCCGUGUCGCGCGCUGCAGACCGGUCGCGGCGAGGCGUCGCGCUUCCGAAACCUCUGCGAGCUCGAACCGAACCGGAGCCCGUUGGCCUGCGGCUCGCGCGCGUCCAGAAAGAGCGUUUUGAGCGAGCGGUCGCACGCGCAGUACCACGAGCUGACCGGCAGGUGGCGCGCGAGUCUUGAGGCACGCAGGAGCAGCUGGGCGACGCUCACCGUCGCGGGGCGCGAUGGCGCGUCGGACGCGUCCUCCGCCGCUGGCGUCAUUUCGGCGGCAGCCCUCGCUUUCUGUUUAAAGAAAGACAGAGACGGAGGAGGUACAAUAAUAAACGCACACACUGAUAAACUGGUUUUACUCGAGUGCGUGCUGAUGCGAAGGUCGCGCAGUCUGUCGCCGUGUCGCGCGCUGCAGACCGGUCGCGGCGAGGCGUCGCGCUUCCGAAACCUCUGCGAGCUCGAACCGAACCGGAGCCCGUUGGCCUGCGGCUCGCGCGCGUCCAGAAAGAGCGUUUUGAGCGAGCGGUCGCACGCGCAGUACCACGAGCUGACCGGCAGGUGGCGCGCGAGUCUUGAGGCACGCAGGAGCAGCUGGGCGACGCUCACCGUCGCGGGGCGCGAUGGCGCGUCGGACGCGUCCUCCGCCGCUGGCGUCAUUUCGGCGGCAGCCCUCGCUUUCUGUUUAAAGAAAGACAGAGACGGAGGAGGUACAAUAAUAAACGCACACACUGAUAACUCUCUCUCUCUCUCUCUCAGGUUGUUGGCAGAAGGGGUGGAUCCGAACAUCCGGCAUCGUUUGGGUUGGACGGCUCUUAUGGUGGCCACCAUGAACCGACAGCACAAUGUGGUGAAGGUUCUGUUAGAGGCGGGUGCUGAUCCAAACAUGGGCGAUGACUUCAGCAGUGUUUAUGAGACGGCGCGAGAGAUGAGCGUUCACUCAUUAGAGGUGUUGGUGAGCAGAGAGGAUGAGUUCAGUAAUCGUCUGAGCAGUCGGGCCAGUUUUCGUGGUUGUACUCCGCUGCAUUACGCCGUUCUGGCUGAUGACCUGCAGACCGUCCGUCUGCUGCUGGACGCAGGUGCCAGCCCUUUACGGAAGAACACACUGGGACACGCUCCACUGGCCUACGCUAAAGAUGGAGAGAUGCACAACGUCUUGAAGGAGUGGGAGACCAAGUUUUUGGAGGUUCAGCAGAAGAGAGAGGCUGAGGAGAGACGCAGGUUUCCACUGGAGCGCAGGUUAAAAGAGCACAUCAUUGGACAAGAGGGAGCCAUCAAUACUGUCGCUUCAGGUAAACACACACAAGCCGGGUUUCCAUCCAAAGUUGUGAAUUUAGCUUAUGCGCAAAAUUGGAAUAUCACAUAAAACAUUUUCGAAUAAGCACCGUUUCCAUCCAACUAGUCAACCGUCACUUCCUAAUAAACUGGCACUAAAUAUCAGUAAGAAAAGUAAGAGAAGCCACUGAAUAUAAUGAUUUUCAUAUAGAAUAAUACUUGCGCAAGCAGACGAUUACGAAACACAAUAAAUGCGGUGCUUUUGUGGAUGUCUGCUGUUUUGGAAACACAGUCGUGACAGUUCUAAGAGGCAAUUACAGAAAUACUUGACGAUUUUGCUCAGGCAUUUAGAAUGACCGUAACAAUAUUUCUGAUGCUGUGACACAAGAUCAGUCCUCUGGUUAGUCAGGUUACGCCGGCCGUCUCAUAGUGCAAUUACGUGACUUUUUGGAGGAAUUUAUUCGGCAAAUUAGUUUCCAUCUCCCAUUAUUCGCAUUAACCCUUUUUCGCAAAAAUGAAAAACCACCUCAAGCGAGUGUAAAAACUUUUUGCGAAUUAAGGGUUUUUAAUUCGAAAUUUGGCAUUUCUAUCACUCGUUUCUGAUGCGAAACUUCAAAAUGCAAAUAAAACCAGAGUGAUGGAAACCCAUGUGUGUCACAGGAUCUGCUGGGUUUGGUCAUCUGAGGUUCUAGUUGUUUUUCAUGUUCAGCAUAAAUGAAUCAUGUUCUAAAACACAAGGAGCAUGAGGUGUCACAAACUUUCAACACAUUUAGCUUUUAUAAUAGUAAGUGUUCAGAAUGAAAUCAAAGAGUGUAGAGACCAAGAGGCGAAACUCUGGUGCUUUUUGGGAAACAGUGGGAAGCGCUUCGGUAGCACGGCUGCCAUUUUGGGGUGAAAAUGCCACCUGGACAAUAGAGAAUGUGAAGCUAUGUCACGCCGUGUUGAAUGUUGCGCCAUCUUGGGAGGAUGGCUGCUCGUGCGUUCAAUGCAGUGUUUUGAAAUAUAACUAUGGUAGGUCGGUCUUGCUGCGUUAAAAACUGCAAUAGCAUCACGCGGAGUCGUUCAGAAAAAUCCACUGGUUCUUUCACUUUCGAUUUCUCCUUAUAUCAAAUGAAACAAGUAACUGUACAUGUCAAAACAAUAAUAGCAGUGGAGAAUGAGCCUCUCAAGAUGGCAGCGCCACCACAACAUGCAACAUAGGGCGUGACAUCAUACAGAAUAGUGCAAUAGAAAAUUCUCAAAUGAAGUCAUCAGUAAAUGUUAUGACACCUACAGUAAAUGUAAAUUGUAUUGUCUUAUAAUUGUUUUAUGUUAUCAGUUGUGGAAUCCAACUAUUUAGCCUACUUUAUUGAGUUUUCCAUUGAAUGCAACUUUACACAUUUACUAUUACUAUUAUUAGUUACUAUUUCUCCACUAGGUCUGAAAUAUACAGUAUACUGUAGGUUUUAAUCCCCUGGAACACGCUACAGACAUGAUGAUCUUAUAGAACCAUGCUGAAAAAAGAACAAUAAUGUAAUGGAUUUAAUGGUAAUAAUGUUAAAUCUUUUUGGAAUAAUGCCAAAAACACACUACAAAAAGGAAUUUCAUAAUGGGUUUUAAUGGGAAAAGCUAAUGGUUCAUAUUUGUAACCAUGAAUUUCUCUGAUGGUUUCUAUUGGGUUUCUAUUUUUUAGCAAGUCCUGCCGAAUAAAAACAAUAGAAACCCAAUUCUAAUGGUUUCCAUUAAUACACCAUAAUGAACUAUUAGCUUUUUCCAAUAAAAUUUGGGUAUUUGACAGAUUAAUAUGCAAAUUUGUUUUAUGGUGUGACGGCAAAAAUGAGGAAAAACAUGGAAGAAAAAUCUCUCUUACACUGUUUUAUAUUAUAAACAUGAAUAUUAACAAUAUAAAAUAAUAUAAUAUUAACA